AAUAGAAAGUAUUGUAAAGUCAAGACAGCCAUGACAUGAUGUUCUUUACAAGUGUACGUACACUUUUGACUGUGUAUUGUAUUGGUUUUGAAAGUGAAACAUGUCAAAAUAGCCCCCAGUGGACAGAGUUUGGACACCCCUGACUUAAAGAAAUGAGCUUUUCCUUUUGUUUUUGUAUGGCACAACGGCGGCACAACGGCGGCGAGAUUCCACUUUACAAGGCGAGCGACUUGAAGAUGGCUUCUCUUGUAAAUCCCUCUCGUUAAAAGCCGAGAUGUUUUCCGCGCCCCGAGCUUCCCGUCUCGUACGUCGUCUCCGCGUGUUUUACGAGCGAGUCCGGCCGCACACGUAUGCACGCUCGCGCUCCCUCCUUUCUUUUCACCUGCCACCUCCUUCAGGGCUUCCCGCUACGCAGUAAAGCGCCGGACAAAAGGGCGGCGGGCAACAAAGUGCGGUAAGUGCAUGGUUACGGCGAGAUGUUUACCGAGAGGUGUUACCUCGGACUCCCCUCAGCUCCCCCUAUUCAUGUGCGGAAUCUCAUUGUUGGCGGGGGACAUCAUUCAAGCUGGUGUUGUAGGGGCCCCGAGGGAGGCUCCCACUUCAUUAGGGGUCCGAGCGGGAGUGGAGGGUGCUACGUCUUGUCAGCGCGGCGGUGAACAUUCCCAGAAGAUUCACAUAAGCGGGAAGUGAAGAUGGCAGCCGUCAGUUUGGUGUGUGCCUGCGUACUGCUCACCUUGAAGGCAAUCUCCUCCGACGUCUCCCUGCAGACGCACCAGGAAGAGCUGAAUGAGACGGUGAUCUGCACCAACGAUCACAUGGAAGCGGUCAUUCCCGCCGCCUUCUUCCUGCACAAAGUCCCUCCCGUCUAUGUUUGGGAUUUGCAUCUAAACGACCCAGAGUGCCGAGGGGCGGAGGUGGGAGACGACUACGUCUUCAGCAUAAAGAACAAUCUGUCUGACUGCGGCUCCGUCAUGAGCUCAGACGACACACACAUGAUGUUCAUCAACACAAUCCACAACAACCACACGGAGGUGAUCACCAGGAACUACAUCAACAUCACCUUUGUGUGCCGCUACCCCGUCAACUACAUGGUGCAGCAGCCCAGCGGGGGCAACAUGAUCCAGGUGGACGUGCGGACCAUCACUCUGAACACGGAGGACGGCAACUUCUCGGUGUCCAUGGUGCUGUUCAAAGACCAGGACUUCCAGGACCAGUGGAGCACGGUGCCCUGGCUUACCCUCCAUGACGACAUCUUUGUCAAAGUGUUCAUGAUUCCAGCUCACCUGACGCUGCGCAUGGAUCGAUGCUGGGCCACGCCCACCAGUGACCCCUACAGCAACAUUCAGUACACCUUCAUCAGAGACAGCUGCCCGCUGCUGAGUGACCAGCGGACCCUGAGUGUGCUGAACAACGGCCAGGGUCCAGAGGCCACCUUCAGGAUACAAAUGUUCAAGUUUGUGGGCAGCUCCUACACUGACGUCUUUCUGCACUGCAACGUCCAGAUCUGCCACAACGGCGCCAGCCCGUGCCAACCUAACUGCACAGCUGAAGAUGUCUUCUUGAGGACCAGGCGGGACAUCCCCCUCUCCCACACCGUCUCUUACGGGCCCAUAAGGCGGCUGACUGGCCACAGGGACACACCCCAUUCAAGCCCAGUCCCGCCGGUGGAGACUUUAGUCCUGGGGGGUCUGCUGGUGGUCCUGCUGGUGGUCACGGGGGUGUUUGGGAGGCUGUGGGUCCGCUCCAGAAGGUUCUACCCGGCCAGGGAGGCCCAGCUCACCUUGUCCAACAUCCAGCACAUCUCAGAGGUGGCCUCGUGAGACUCAACCAUGAAAGUGUCAAUAAAGACUUCUAAUAAUCUUUCCCUUCAAGAACUUUCUAGAGAAUUUCCAGAGCCCAAUGAGAUAUUACAAGGGGAAAACGAAAAGAACGAUAUAAAAGUUGUCUUUCUUUCUCUGUUAAAAACUAUGGAAGCCUGUUUCCGCCACAAAAAAAAAAGAAGUCACAAUUAUGAAAUAUAAAGUCGAAAUUAUGAAAUAAGAAAAGUUUGCAUCAUAAUUUUAUUUUCAUAAUUUCAAUUUUUAAUCUCAUAAUCAUGACUUUCUAUCUCAUACUUUCGACUUUUUAUGUCAUAAUUUUGAUUUUUUUUUCAUAAUUUCGUCUUUUUAUCUCACAAUGAUGACUUUUUAUCCCAUUUUUACGAGUUUUUAUCUCAUAAUUACAAC